UAAGCCUUCCUCUAUUUGGAAUAUUCCUUCCCACCUACACCCCUCCGCCCCCACCUCGCGCUCUUCUUUACGUAAUUCCGAUUCCGGUAGAUUGCAGUUCCGCCAUGGCCUCCCACAGCGAUAUCCCGAACAGUGCAGGAUCCCAGCGAAGAAGAGCGAAGAAGGGUCAGGCGGAGGCUGCGGAGAAGUACUCGGUGCUUCUCCCCACCUAUAAUGAACGGGAGAACUUGCCUCUCAUCGUGUGGUUGUUGGUGAAGAGCUUCGAAGAAAGUGGAAACAACUAUGAAAUUAUAGUUAUAGAUGAUGGAAGUCCAGAUGGAACACAAGAAGUUGCUCAACAGUUGGAAAAGAUCUAUGGGUCAGAUAAAAUUCUUCUAAGGCCCAGAGCUAAAAAACUAGGACUGGGAACAGCUUAUAUUCAUGGAAUACAGCAUGCUACAGGAAACUUCAUUAUUAUUAUGGAUGCUGAUCUUUCACACCAUCCAAAAUUUAUUCCAGAAUUCAUUAGGAAGCAAAAAGAAGGUAAUUUUGACGUUGUUUGUGGAACUCGCUACAGAGGAAAUGGAGGUGUCUAUGGCUGGGAUUUGAAGAGAAAAAUUGUCAGAGGAGCCAACUUCUUAACUCAAAUUUUGCUUCGGCCAGGAGUAUCAGACUUAACUGGAAGUUUCAGGCUUCAUAUCAUUCUCGUGCUUUACAGGCUAUACCGAAAGGAAGUUCUACAGAAAUUAAUGGAAAAAUGUAUUUCUAAAGGAUAUGUCUUCCAGAUGGAAAUGAUUGUUCGAGCUAGGCAACUGAAUUUUACCAUUGGAGAGGUUCCAAUCUCAUUUGUGGAUCGAGUUUAUGGUGAAUCCAAGUUGGGAGGAAAUGAAAUAGUCUCCUUUUUGAAAGGACUGUUGACUCUAUUUGCUACUACAUAAGAUGACACUAUUCAUUUUAUAUUUAAAAUAUCAUAUUCGUUUCAUUUUAAACAUAAGACAAAAGACCUGGUUGCUGAUUUUUAAAUUGUACUCUUAGACCAUAAACAGUAAGGUAAGGUAAAUUUCAUAUACACCUUAAUUUUUUUUUCUGGAGGUCUGUUUUACGUCCAUGUAAAGGAAGAAGAAAUAUUCUUUAUGUCUGUUUACAGUUGUAAUGAGAUUUAUAAAUAAAUUUUAUAAGAUUUUUGGAUAAAGCAUUAUUGAUAAAUUAAAUUGGAUUUUCUUGUGCGAAGAUUUAAAUAAUGAUACUAAAAGCAGAGUUUCUAGCUUUGGGUUCCUAUGGAAUAUAGACUUCAAAAGAAUUAUGUAUGUACAUAAUUGAGAUAUAGUCCUAAAAUGUUUACAUAAGUUGGAAAACAUUCACAAUCCACCAUCUGGUUUAAAAUAUUUUCUCUUAAAUUAAUAAGGAAAUCAACCAACCUAUCUUAAAUUAACAUUUUAGGUUCUUUGCCUUAUUGCAGCUUGAAUGAGUAGAUCUGUUUUAACCCUUGAAUUUGAAAUACUGCAUUCUAAUAUGAAAAAUCAUAGUAAAAAUUAAACCAGUUGACUAAUAAAAAUAUUAAAUGUAUGUUUUGAAUGUGGAUAAAAGUUGUAUAGUUAUAAAUUCAUAGAUAUGUUAAGCUGUUAAGAACUUUUUCCUCAAUGAGAAAAAAAAUCCAAUUCGUACAAGAUUCAAACUGUUAUUCUAGUCA